CGAUCAAGUUUAUUAAACAAUAAACAUAUUCGGCUAUAACUUCAAUUUUUUGAUAUUAUGAUCAUAUCAUAUAAGUUCACAGGUUCCUUUGUGCUUCAUGAAAUUCAUGGAAAAAUUUGAGCUUCUUAGGCACAUGUCACUUGUGUCUUUGAUUGUGCUUAUUUUAUGUAUUAUUACACCCCCAAUAUUUGCUACAAGGAAUUGUGAUUUUCCUGCCAUAUUUAGCUUUGGUGCUUCAAACGUUGACACUGGUGGUUUGGCUGCUGCCUUUCAAGCACCACCUUCUCCAUAUGGAGAGACUUAUUUUCAUAGAUCAACUGGAAGAUUUUCUGAUGGUCGAAUCAUUCUUGAUUUCAUAGCACAGAGCUUUGGACUUCCCUAUCUAAGUCCAUAUCUUAAUUCUCUUGGGUCUAACUUCACACAUGGUGCAAACUUCGCAACAGGAGGAUCAACAAUCAAUAUCCCUAAUAGUAUUAUACCUAAUGGGAUAUUUAGUCCAUUUUCUCUUCAAAUUCAGUACAUUCAAUUCAAAGAUUUCAUAUCCAAAACAAAUCUCAUUCGGGAUCAAGGAGGUGUAUUUGCAACUUUGAUCCCCAAAGAAGACUAUUUUUCCAAAGCCUUAUACACAUUUGAUAUUGGUCAAAAUGAUCUUAUUGGUGGUUAUUUUGGUAACAAGACUAUAAAACAAGUCAAUGCUACUGUACCCGAUAUAGUAAACAAUUUCAUAGUGAAUAUCAAGAACAUAUACAAUUUAGGGGCUAGGUCAUUUUGGAUACACAGCACAGUACCAAGUGGUUGCACUCCUACCAUUUUGGCUAAUUUUCCAUCUGCAAUAAAGGAUAGUUAUGGUUGUGCAAAGCAAUACAAUGAAGUAUCUCAAUAUUUUAAUUUAAAGUUGAAGAAAGCAUUAGCUCAACUUCGUGUCGAUCUUCCUCUUGCUGCAAUAACAUAUGUUGAUAUCUACUCUCCUAAGUACUCUCUUUUUCAAAAUCCAAAAAAAUAUGGAUUUGAGCUUCCACAUGUGGCAUGUUGUGGCUAUGGAGGAAAGUACAACAUUCGUGUUGGCUGUGGAGAAACCAUAAACAUAAAUGGUACAAAAAUUGUUGCUGGAUCGUGUAAAAACCCAUCUACUAGAAUCAUUUGGGAUGGUUCCCACUUCACAGAAGCAGCUAACAAGAUUGUCUUUGAUCAAAUAUCUACCGGAGCUUUCUCUGAUCCUCCUAUUUCUCUAAAUAGGGCAUGUACCAGUUUUGUUGUAUAUUAAAAAUAAGGUAAACCUUCGGUGAAAAAUAAAUAAAUAAGUUGAACCUUUUUAAA